CGCAUGCAGUGAAGUUAUUACCGAUAUCCAGAAUGUCUACUUAUCCAAGAUACGUCCGACCCACGAAAGCCAGUAAUUUGAGGGCACUAGCCAACAACUUCAGGGCUUCGAACGACCCCGCUCCCAUCAUGCGUAGGUCACGCUCACAAGCACCCGCCCGAUUAGGUGCAUCGGGUAGAACUUAUACGGCCCUUAAUAUUGCGAGUUGCAGUAGGAGCGUUUUCUCCAUGCCAAAUCAAAAAUUAUUCUCGGAGUUGACCUGGGGGUCUCUGCCUGAGAGGUCGACGGAGUCAGAGAAGGGGCAAUCCACGAUGUCGCAGCCAGCCCAACGGCAACUGAGUCUCGUAAAGACGGAUGAUACUCCCGCCGUCGGGACACGAAAAUCUCUCCUGGGGAUCGUUGAGCAAAAUCGACUGCUUACCGUCGAGACGCAGUACCAAAAGCUGCAAUGCCUUCAAUCGGAUUUCGUAGAGUCAUUGAGGUCAUUAGACCUGGAGCAGUCCAAGCUGCUUGGAACGUACAGCUUUGUGACCCUUGUCGUCAACGAGGAUAGCAAGUUGACUGUCAACAAGGAAGACUCGAGCAGUUUGGUCAAAAAUUUGCCGGCCGAUAAUGUGCAAGAUCUGAAGGAACGAUGUCAGGCUGCCGUCGAUUCGGGAUUCAUGAUGCUCUACGAUCACCUUGAGCCCAUCCAGAUGGCCAAGGACGAGUUCGAGGCGUGCAGUCGGAAAGAGCAGCUGAAAGCUAAGCUGAAGGAGCUUCUGAACCGCAAGAUGGAGAGCAUUGUCGAGAAUAUCGAGCAGGUGUGUGUGACACCUGUCGGCCAACAGGUUUCGCCCAACAUUUGUCUGUACCGCGACAUAGACAAGCUGCGGAGGGAGAAACAGCUCUUGGAGGCCCAGCUCUUGCAGAUCAAUAAGGAUCACAAUGAACAGAUGAAUAGACUCAAGGCGGACCUCGAGGGAAAGCUGAAGGCUGGGGAGGAAAACUGGCAGCAGACCUUGCGCGACCUAAAGGAGAGGCUGCGACGCAGCGAGGCACAAAGAAACGAAAACGCAAACCAGCUGGCCAUGCAGAACGCGUCUCUGCAGGCCAAAAACAGCACCAUCGCGGCGGCGAAGGCUGAUAUGGACAAUCUAGUCGCUCGCAAUCAGGAGCUGAAUCAGCUAUUGAAGGGGUCGGAUGGUGCACUGGUCUGGACACGGAAGGAACUCGCGAAGAGCAGGGAGCAUGUAGUUCACCUGGACGCGGAGCUGCAUAAGGGACGGGAGCUCAUAAACCAGCAACAGAAGCGCCUAGAUGUCUUGGACAUCCAACACGCUGGUGUGGAGAAAGAUCAGACCAUAGGUGAUUUGAGGCUUAAGGUACAGAAUCUCCUGCAGCUUAUUAACCUGCACCAAGAGCAAGAGCAAAAUUCUCUGAGGCUGCGGAAGAGGAACAAUGAGCUGGAAACGAUGAUCAGUGAGCUGCAGGAGAAGUUGAAGAUCACAGAAAUCCAGCUGGACGCCAAUGACCAAAGGGAGGAGCAAUUGCACUCGGAUCUGGAAAUCGUGAAGAUGGAGCUGUUCCGAUCCGAGCAGCUAGUGGUCAAGUUGCGGGAGCACUCGAAUCGCGACCGCAAGACGAUAUCCGCGCGCGCCGACGAAAUCAACGAGCUGAAUCAGACAAUAGAUCAACUGUACUUAGAAACUGGCGAGAAGGACACGCAGAUAAAUCAGGUGACGAACCAGCUCUGCUUGAAAGAGGAGCAUCUAGGCCGCGUUUUUGAAAAACUAAAUCACCAGGAGGAGAAGCUCAGGCGCCUGGAGGAGCUUACAAACGUGAGCUCAAGUGACAAUGCUCGCCUCUUGCUGUUGCGAGAUAGGCAGCACGAAAAGAACAUCCAAAUGGACUGGGAGAUUUCUCAACUAAAAGACACCAUUAAGGAACUGAGAGAUUAUAUUUUCAACAAUACACAGCCAGCGGCUGAAGUUCUUGGCUUCCCAGUUGGCGGCUACUCCAUGCAUCCAGAAUAUCUGAAUUUACAGCCGCAGGCGGAGACGCAGGGAAAUUUGGAAUCCACUGUUACAUACCUCGAGCCGCUGAACGGUCAUUUUGUCCAUCAGCACGAUUUGAGCAACCAUCAGCCACAGCAGCGCCACCAUUUUUCCACCAUCGGCUACCAGGACCACUAAGCACUGAGAUCACCAUUAGCAUCACCAGCGUUAUCCGCCACCGGAAACAGACCAGACAAUACGAAAAACGCUCUGAACACUCAUCGGCAAAAUUUAUUGUGAAUUUUUUAGUCAAUACUGUAGAAUAAAUUCGCGUUGUACUUAUA